UUAUUACAUGGAAAUUAAAAGCUUGCAACUCUAUUCAGUACGUUUCCAGAAAAUGGCAGGAUUGUGUGUCGAAGUUAUAUCUGACACGUAUUUUGCGAAAAAGCGUAAAUAGUUUCUGAAAAUUUUGCUAUGUUGCACUGUUUUUAACAUUUCACUAUUGAAGUUUAAUAUUGAAAAAAGAAAAUGGACUUUCGCGAGACGCUUUUAGCUGCUCAGCGAAAUCAACAACAAAAGUCAUCCGAUCAUUUUUACUACAAGGCUCGUUUAGAUCCUUUAAAAAAGGAACAGAGACAAAAAGAGAAACUUUCGGCUAACAUACAGAAGUUUUUGGCGAAAAAAGAUGAAGAAGAAUAUCAAAAGAAAAUUGAGGCUCAGAAGAAAAAAGAAGAGCUUCUGGCCAUGCGGGAUCCUAAAGCGCUCCGCAAGAUCCAGAAAACCUUAAAAGUCAUCAAGUCUGCUAAUAAAUCAGUUAUUGAGGAUGUGGAUAGAGAGAACACAGCUGUAACUCUCACUGGCCCUGAACAACCUGAUCAAGAUGACUAUGGCUAUGAGUCUCAGGCGGCUGCUGCCAUUUAUGCUAAGAUGAUGGAAAAGUACAGUAAGAUACCUGAGGAACCAAAGUUUCCAAGUAGUUUGAAAUCUGUGAAAAAAGAUUUGAAUGGUACAAGAGAAAGGGUCAAAAAUGCUCUUCAGCAUGAAGAUGAACCAGUUCCUCAUAAAAGGAGAAGGCGUACUGAAAAUGGAGAAAGAGAACCAAGUCCUCCUUCGAAACAUGAAGUCGAAAAAAAGAAAGAUGAGAAACCUAAAAUAAGAAAACCUGCACCACCUCCUUUGGACUUUAACCAGCUGUUGAAAAUUGCGGAACAAAAAAAGAGUGAACCUAUUGAAAUUAGUACUAAGAAACCUGUCCAAGAAGCUGAACCAGAGAGGCCAAUGACCAAAAAACAAAAGAAAGAAUAUGAGGAUGAGAUGGCUCGAAGGCAACGUCGUUUAGAAAGAUUAGAGGCUGAGAAACAUGGUGGAAAGAAAGUUCAAAAAGAAGAAAAAGUAACUCAUAAAGAUGAAAAACCAUCAGAGAGGGAGCGCAAGCCUGAGACUAGUGGAGGAUUAGGUCGCAUACCAAAAAUCGGUGAUAGAAAUUCUAACAAAAACAUAAACUCCAAACCAGUAGAAAGAGAAAAAAAUGAAAGAACCAUAAAAGAUAAAGAGAAGCCUAAAGUAGACAAAGAAAAAUCUGAACGGGAGAAGGAGAAAUUGGAGAGAGAAAGAUUAGAAAGGUUGAAAGCCGAAAGAGAAAGAAUUGAAAGAGACAUUGAAAGGCUUAAUAAAGACAGAGAGAGAUUAGAAAAGGCAAAGUCUAAGCUCGAAACUAAGCCAACAGAAAAAACAAAACCAAUAGAUAAAACUGCAGAUAAAACUAAAUUAAGCGAAAAUGUAAAGAAAAAUAUUGAUUUGAAAAGUCAGAAUACAUACAGGAUAGAUAAAAAUUCCAAUGAAAAGAAACCGAGUGCACUGAGCAGAAGUGGAGAUGGUAAAUACAUGAAUGGUCAUGUUCAGGGUAAAUCGGUGCCGAAACCUAAAGAACAAACUGUCCAAAAGAAUGGUAUAAAUGGCAAAGUUCCAUUAACUAAAAGUAAAGUUGGGGAUAGUCGAUCAGAAAAUGGUAAACGUUUACCUGAAAAAGAUUCAAAAAGGCCAGAUGACAAGAGGUUGCAACCGAGUAGUACAAAAGUUCAAAAUGGGCCGAGUAAGCCGAAAAUCUCUAAUAGUUUUGACUUCGACAAACAUGUGAAUUCAUUAGGGAAGAAUGGCGCUAGGAGACCGGACGGUACUCGGCAGUAUCCACCGGGUGACGUUAGGAGAAAACCUCAGGGAAAACCUAAACGUCGUACUCUAGAUUCGGAUUCGGAAUACGAUUCAGAACUUGACGACUUCAUUGACGAUGGAGACGAACAAAUGGACUAUUCUAAACACAUCAAGGAGAUUUUCGGCUACGAUAAGUCCAAGUACCGAGAUAUGGAUGACGACGAUGAUCCGAUGAUGGAGUCUAGUUUCGCACGACAACAACGCGAGGAGUACAUCAGCAAAAAAAUUGGAAUAAUGGAAGACUUAGAAGACAUGAGAUUGGAGGCGAUGCAGAAAAAGAAAAAGAAACGGCGUAUUAGUGACGAUUGAACUUGUAUCGAAAGAUCCGAAAGCUUAUAAGGACUAACAAGCAACGCUCACUAUGGAACAUUAUGUGCAAUGCCAUUGCGAAUUACGUUUUUGUGUACUUGUAUAUUUUUAAUUAGCAUGUAUAAUGUAUAUAAUUAUCAAAUAUAUAAGUUUCGCAACACCCACUGAAACUGUAAGUAUUUCGUAUAUUGAAGAAUAUAUUAUACACUCUAUAGAGUGAUGUUAUCGAUUUUUUUUUGUAAUGAAAAUUUAUCGAUAUUGUGAAUCAGUCGAAAUGCAUUGUUUGGUAUUUUGAGUUUAGCAUAAAAAACAUCAAGCUGGCUAUUGAUUUGACGAUUCUGCAAAAUGAUUUAAUAAAUAUCAAUAAAUUGUUCACAAUUGUCGCUUAAGGCAAGGUUAAGGCAUUCUAAAGUUGAUGUAGAUUGUUUGAAUGCAGAUGAAAUCGAUUUUCGAUUACUUUAAGUUUCUCAUAUAAAUUACGUUAUAUUUAUUUUGGUAAGUUACAUUUUGAAUAAAUUGGUAAAAAAAAUAUAUUCAUAAAUAUAUUUAUUGAUAUAACAAUCGUAUUACCUAAUGCUAUAUCGAUUGGUUAUGUAAUCAAAUUUAUUUUAAUUGUGUUUACUUAUUUACCACAAAGCUUCAUAAUAAAUAACUUUUGUUUAUCUUCACUUCAUACAACUUGUGGUAAGAAUGUUACUAGCAUGUAAUAACUUGUAAUAUUUAAAAAAGGGUUGACAAAAACAAAAAACAAAAAAAAAAUGACAUGGCAAUUGAUAUAAGUAAAAGUGACAAUUUAAAUUUAAGACAUGAUAAUUGAUUUAUUUUAAUAUAAAUAAGGCGUAUAUUGUAUGAUGUGUAUGGCAAGACAUUUUAAAGUGUUGCAUAAUAGAUAAUAGUACAGUUGUAUUUGUAUACAGCGGGUUGCAAAUUUGUAAUAUAGCUAAUAAUAUAAUUGAUGAAAGAUGACAUCUGUGGAGAUGUUGGGCGAGUCCUGCUAAGCCUAGUCGAUAUUGUGGUUAGGUUAGAGUAUACUGUUAUAAUGAUAAUAAUAGUACAUUUUCAAAGAAUAACACACAUGGUCACCUGGCCCCAAACAAAGAAUCCGUGUGCUACAGAAACCCGAGACUGAUAUACAAUAUUUAUACCUUUAUAUAUACAUAUAUAGAUACCAAAAACCCAGAUAACUAGCAAACAAAAUUAAUCGUCCACUUAACCACUUUAUGCCUGAUGUGGGAAUCGAACCAAUCAUCUGCUCAGCAAUCUCUUUACUAUUUUUACUAUUUUUUGUUAUAUAACAUACUUGUACUUAAUUUUGUAUGUCAUAAAACACAUACAGUUAAAUUUCUCCGUUAUAACACACACACACAUAUAUAUAUAUAUAUAUAUAAAUAAGUGCUAUUAAAGUGUGUUUUUCUCAUCAAUGUAAAUAAUAUAAUCAUUUAGUUGUAAAAUUGACAUAGAACUGAUCAGUAUCAAUUUAUGAAACAGUUAUUACCGGAUUUGAUCUCUGUUGAAUUUUCAAAUUGAAACUUAGAAUAAUAUUCGUUAUUUAUUUAAGAGCAUUUUAGUUACGUUUUGAUUACAUAAUAAUAUAUAGUUGGUUCACUUUUUGUGCACGUAUAGAGACCCAACUAUAUAAACCAUUAAAAAACCGAAAUUCGCAUUAUGUAUUAUAUCUUCCUUAUUUAAGCCUAAAACAGUCUUCUACUAAACAGGAUAAAUAUCUUUAGUAACUUCAUAUUUCGUGGACCCGUUAGCAGUAUAAAAAUGGAUACGGUUUUUGGACUGCGUUACCAAUUGUUUCGAUUUUGCGAACGGUACCAAUGUACCCAGUGUAUCCUAAUCUUUUACGGCAUACAUUUUUCCUAUAGCAAAAACGUCAUUGUAGUUGAUAAAAGUUGUAGUAGUAAAAAAUGUUGUUGAUAAAAAUAUACGUGUGCCUAAGUACGGUUCGCAUGAUAACCGUAACAUAUUCAAUGUAACAAAGUGCCCAAUUGUUAUACUGUAAAAUAAUAUUAAAAUUGUCGAUAUUGUUAAAAAUAUUUUGUAAUCUUGUAAUAGCUUAAUGUGAGAAAGAAAGAUUUGUAUUGUAUAAUAAAGGAUGAGUAUUUUGAGCA